GAUACUCGACCCGAUCGCGCGUUAGCAAGGAAUUGGGACUCUGACCGUUCGUGUAAUCAACUUCAUAUUCACCAGCCAACAUUCACAGACGGCGAAAAUAAUAAUGUGAAUAUAAGUGGACUUGUCAAAGGCGGAACAUUCAACGCAGGAUCAAACAGCAUGUACGAAACAAAGUGUCCUUCAAAAGAACAAGAAACAUAUCAUCAUAAUUAUAUUGAAGAUCCCGAAUAUUUCGAUAAGUUAAUAGAUAGUGUGGAUUUAACCUACAUCGGAGGAGAGGAUGAUCUUGCGUCACCACGCCCAAAGUCCGAAAUUCCAGUAGUUAAUAGUUGGGACUCCUUCGAAAAUGAUGGCAUUGACGUUGUAAAAAUUUUUGGUUCUCUGCGCAAUUCCUUGCCAAGAAAGAAUCCCGAGGUUCAUCCGCCAUAUUGGGGGAUUCUUGAUCUGACUGGACAGCACAAACCGACGAAGAAUAAGCUGAUCAAAAUAUGGGGUGAGUUAUUAAACGAUUUCCGAUUAGACGUAGCAUGGAAGAUGAUAGAGCUCAACCGAUCUGAAAUAGAACUUUUUGAUAACAUAGAGGAGUUAAAAAUUCAACAAACGUUUCCUAUAUUGAGUGCUCAUCUCGUAAUAUUGAAAUCGUACCUUGAACACUUUAAAUUACCCAUAAAUGAAGGAGAGCUCAUGAUUCGAUUUGUAGCCCCCGCUUUUGAUCCAUUUCAAGACAAAUUCCGAAAAUACUGGAAAUUACAAAAAGCGUCCGAACUACAAUUGAUUGCGAGCCGGGAAAGGCGUAUGGAAGACCAAGACCCCAACAAUGAACGUGCCCGUGUCGGGCAAAAAACCGACAUUAUUAUCGAAUUACCGACCGGUCCUGCUUUGGAAGGGUUCAUAUGUGAGGUUUCAGGAGGACUUCCGGCUGGGUGUCCGAAGAAAAUCUGGACCGACAAGUUAAAGUUGAUGGUCGGCAUGAGGGAUAUGAUUAACAGAAGUAAAUUUAGAGAACUUGCUAAGACGCGUUUUAUGUCACAGGUUUCAUUACCUGCUUCAGCGAAUGAGUUACCUGCGUAUGAGGCAGUUCAUACCAUGUUACGUACUCUAGAGCAUCGACUGAGCAAGCUAACAGACUACUGUACGGAACUUAAAGUCGAACAUGCAAGGUUGAGACGAAAACGUGAUUACAUGUAUCAAGAUCAUCUAGCAUUUUCGAACAACUUUCCAAAUUCAUCCCCCCAAAAAUAG